AUGACAAACUUGAACCCCAAGGGCCCAGACGACGAUCUGGGCACCAUCCACUACGCCUGGCUCGCCAACAACACCCGCGACUGGGCCGACUUUGUGCACUCCUUUGUGCGCUCCUGUGCCGCCCACCGCGACCAUCGCGUCCGCCAUGCACCCGCGCUCGACGGGCGCCAUGGCCUCCAAGCCGCCGACACCUUCUUUGGCGACCUCCGCCUCCGCUACAUUUCCGUCGUCCAAAAGGCCCAAGGCCCCUACCACCGCCCGCCCUACAAGGACAUUCCCUCCAUCGCGCCCCGCAUGCCGCCCAGCGAGCUCGCCUUUGACCGUGCUGUCUACGACAUCUUCUUUGGCGGCAUCCACACCGCCCAGCGGCCCCAGCUGGUGGCCCAGCAUCUGCAGCCGCACUGCGACCGCCUGCACAGCCCCUGUCCACGGCCCUCGCCGCCCGAUUCGUGGACGGAGACGCCCGAGGAAAGGCGCGCCACGGCCAGCCUGCUGGCGAGCAUCGAGGCCGUGGCCGGCGCCGUCGAGGAGGUGGCCCGGCGGGUGCGCAGGGCCUGCGAGGAGCACGGCAUACACCCGGCGAGCGUGAGCAUGGUGGGGUACGUCAGCGCCAACGGCGACGACGAUGAAGAUUGUGACAGCGACGAGGACUACCAUUGGGUGUGA